GGUUUUUAUUUUUGGCCGUUGUGUGUUUCUCGAUUUAUUUCUUGGCCAGCGUGUCCCUGAUUCACAGUCACUCGCUCUCCCUUCGUCUACUAUACCUACAUAUGUACAUAAAAGUAUAAUAGCUACUGCAUAUAAUAAAGCCAGAUUUCCUCCAAAAGUCCCAUAAAACCAAUAAGGCGAAACAACCUAUAGAACCCAGUGUGCCAGUCAGCUGUUGUCACACAUACAACCUCCUAUCGCGGUCGCCUGACGUUUGCUUCGAGAGCUCUCAUUUUUACUCUUUCACGCUGGCGGUUGCGGGCGACAAGGGCUCAGUUAGCUUUUCUACGAUGCUUAAGUUUUUGAUAACCUUCGGAGCCGGGGUUUACACGGGCAUCUACGUAUCGCAAAACUAUGAGGUUCCCCGUGUCGACGAUCCACAGAAAUUAAUUCAGCGACUGAACGAGAAAGUGAAGGAACUGAUGGAGGAAAGCAAGAAAAAAUCAGCCGCCGAGAAAAUUGUUCACGAUAUUAAAAAGGAAGCCAAAAAGAUUCUGGACGAUUAAUUGGACCCAACAUUUUUUUAACCAAAACAAAUGUAUCUAUAAUAUAAUAAAGCCUUUAUAAUUUUUUCGUCCGCCAA